AUGGCAAUAAGUAUCUGUAAUAGUCUUCAAAAUUGUAAUGUCUCAAAAGUUAUGCUUUAUCUACUCAUGUGUUUUUUUCUUAUUACACUUGCAUUACAUUUAGAUGGUUCAAUUCAAUUAUCAUAUUUUUUAAUAUUUUUACCAUUAUUUACAUUUGAAAUAUUUGUUUUUAUGAAUUUUUUGGCUAGCACAUCUCUUUAUUUUAUAACAUUUCCAACAGCAAGUGAAACUGUAUUUAAAAAAGAUUUUAUAUUAAUGUUAUUGAAUACAAUUGAGCAUACAUUAAUUGCUUUAUUUGAAAUAAUGUUAUAUUUUCGAUUACAUAGAUUACCAGAAGCAACAGAUAAAAAUAUUUGGCUUAUAACAUUUCUUCCAUUAGUAUUACUAGGUUUUGUCUCAAUUAUAGUAAUGUUAUGGAGUUUUCAAAAUAAUAAAUCAAUUGAAGGCGAAUCAUUUUAUGCUGUAAAUUUUUCGCAAACAUUAUUAAUUGCAUGUAAAUUAAAUGGAAAUAUUAAUUGGAGUUGGAUGAUGGUAUUUAUUCCAUCAUGGAUAUUACUUUUCGCAACAUUAAUAAUUAUACUAUACUUUUUAGUAUCAUCAAUUUAUUUAUAUUAUAAUGAAAAUAAUCAAAAUAAUAGUUUUAGAAAAGAUUUUUUAUAUUCAACUGUAUGUAAUAUUUUUAUUACUAUUCCAAUUUUUAUAUUUUUAUUACUUUUAACAAUUAAAUUGGAUAAUUCAUCAUUUUAUGGAAUUUUUAAUGUUAACAAAAUAAGUUAUCGCAUCAUAUUUACACCAUUAUUGAUCUCAUUAUGUUAUUUAACUUUUUGUGCCCUUGGUGCCAAUGGAAAAUUAUUUUGGUGGUUCUCAUUUCCUAAGUCAUUUUGGCCUCAUUGUUUUGAAGUUUUUCCUUGUUUAAAACUCUAUGGAAAUAUAAACGUUCGUUUUGGAACAUCACCUGUGUCAUCAACACCAAGUGAUGGAAGUGAAAGAAGACGAAGAAAUAUUUAUCAAGGAGAGAUUGGUUUAUUAGAGGGUGAAUGUUUUAUCAAUAAUCCGGUAGAAUUUAUGGAUAUUAAAAGUGAUUAUACAUUGGAUAUGAAAAAGUAUAAAUUUGAUUCAUUAACUAAUGUAGAUUAA